AUGCCUUCUGGUGACAAUUUGCCACGGACGCCACAGGUCCUAGGUCUAGAGGAGCAGGACCGAUCAUGUAAGGGACCACCAGUGUCGUUUGAGGAUGUGGCUGUGGACUUCAGCAGGGAGGAGUGGCAACAGCUGGACCCUGCUCAGAGACAGCUGUACCAGGAAGUGAUGAUGGAGAACUACAGCCACUUCCUGUCCAUGGGGUAUGACCUUCCCAAACCCGAGCUCAUCUUCAGGCUGGAUAGAGAGAAGGAGCCAUGGAUGGUUGAGGUUGGCCUCCCACCUUGGAGCUAUCCAGAUGAACAGUUUGGACUUAAAACCCCACAAUGGGAGACUUCUGAAAAAGCUAUGUUUUACAACGAUGUGAUGGGUGAAGACACAAGAUGUGGUUCUUGGUGUUCCAUUGUGGAAGAACUGUGGCAAGAUGCUGCUCAGGGAAAGAAAGAUCAGGAAAAGAAAAUUAAACCUGUGCAUCUUGCUGCUUUCCCCAACAAGCAGAGACUGAAUAUAGAGAAAGAUUGUGACUAUAAGGGUGCUGGGAAAAUCAUGGAUGUGAAGUCCAACCUUGUUACAUCACAAAAACAGCCUCCUAAAUCUUGCUCAUUUGCAAAAACUUUGAAGCAUAGCCUUGAAGUAUAUAGUCAAAAUAAAAGCAAUGCCACCAAACACCUUGAUAAGAACAUUGCAUCUAGUUGUCUUUUAACCCAUAGCUCUUCUAAUAGUAGCUUUAAGAACACAUACACAGGAGAGAACUUCUGCGAAGGUAAUCGAUGUAGAAAAGUUCUCAGCCAUAAACAAGCACUCACGUAUCAUCACAUUCAUACUGAGGAGAAACCCAAUGAGGGCACCGAGUAUGGGAAGGUCUUCAGCCAGCAGAGAAUUCAGAGUGUGGAAAACCUCCGUGAAUGCAGUAAAUGCGGAAAAGCUGCCACUCUUAAACCACACCUCGGUGUUUAUGUGUCAGGUCACAUGGGUGACUUACCUUAUGUAUGUACCGAAUGUGGGAAAGUCUUCAUCCAGAAGUCAGAAUUCAUCACACACCAGAAAACGCACACUAGAAAGAAACCCUAUAAAUGCCUUGAGUGUGGAAAAGCUUUCUGCCAGAUGUUGUCUCUCUUCAGGCAUCAGAGAACUCAUACUAGAGAAAAGCUCCAUGAAUGUAGUGAAUGUGGGAAAGGCUUCUCCCAGAAAUCAGACCUGAAUAUCCAUCGGAAUAUUCACACUGGAGAGAAGCAAUAUGCUUGCAGUGACUGUGGGAAAGCCUUCUCUCAGAAGUCGACACUUAGCAUGCAUCAGAGAAUCCACUCAGGAGAGAAGUCCUACGUGUGUGUUGAAUGUGGGCAAGCCUUCAUCCAGAGGGCACACUUGAUUAUACAUCAGAGAACACAUACUGGAGAGAAACCGUAUCAGUGCAGCAGCUGCAGAAAGUCCUUCAUCUCCAAGUCCCGACUCCACGCACACAACCGGAUUCAUACAGGUGAGAAACCAUAUGAAUGCAGCGACUGUGGGAAAGCCUUCUCUCAGAAGACACACCUCAACAUACACCAGAAAAUCCACACUGGAGAAAGACAGCAUGAGUGCCGUGAUUGUGGGAAAGCCUUCAACCAGAAAUCGAUACUCAUCAUGCACCAAAGAAUUCACACCGGAGAGAAGCCUCACCAAUGCAGUGACUGUGGGAAAGCCUUCAUCUCCAGGGCACAACUCAGAGAGCAUCAGCGAAUUCACACGGGAGAGAAACCCUAUGUAUGCACUGAGUGCGGGAAGGCCUUCACCGGCAGGUCAAAUUUCAAUAGACACAAGACAACUCAUACCGGAGAGAAGUCUUAUAAAUGCAGUGAUUCUGAGAAAGGCUUUGUUCAGAAGUCCAUUCUCAGGGUGCGUCAGAGUGUUCAUAAAUGA